GGUCAAUGAGCAACUGCUGAAAUCCUAUUGGACAAAUCCCUGAUUGCGUACGCGGACGCGGAAGUGAAGUGAUUCUGUGAUGUGAUCAAGAUGAUCGGAGAUCUGUUGAUAUUCGGGACCUUACUGGUGAAUGCAGGAGCUGUGCUGAACUUCAAGCUCAAAAGGAAAGAGUCCCAGGGCUUUGGAGAUGAGUCCAGAGCACCAACGACAGGUGACAACAUCAGAGAGUUCCUUCUCAGUCUGCGUUACUUUAGGAUCUUCAUCGCUUUGUGGAACAUCUUCAUCAUGUUCUGCAUGUUUGUAUUGUUUGGAGCAUGAGCAGCAUCUGAUGUAACCAAGAAGAUUCUCUAAACCUCUCUUUUAGUCCUGGUUCUUUGAUCCUUUUAACUGUAAUUAAGCUUAUUUUUCUUGACUGUACCUUCUCAAAUGCUACAUCUGCCAUUGUCUGUACAGGAAUUUAUAAAUCAGUGUAUUUAUUCUGUCCUAUAGAACUUGUUAAAUAUUGGAUUGUUUAAGAUCACUAUGGAAGCAGCCCUGCCUUUGCUGGAUAAAUGUUGUUCUGUGCUUUAUUACACAUUAGAAGUCAUUUCUGUCGCACCAUGGUUUGCUUCUUGAAUAAAUGCUGGACUUAAAUGUG